AAAAACGCUUAUACCUUAUACACACCAGACCACCUCGAAGAAGAAGUCUCCUUUUGUGUCUUUUUCUCUCAAAAGUUUAAAACCUUCGACAGCUUCUGCUUCUUCUUCCUCUUCCUCUUCGCUCCUCGCUCUCUCUACUGUUUGUUUCCGUACAGUCCCUGUAAAUCCCUUCUCUGUAGAUAGAAGAGAUAGAGAAAGAGAGCCUCAAUUUCUGCGUACAAAUACUUUCUGGAAAUGUUGGUUCCGCGGAGAGUGAUGACGUGGAGGUCGGUGGCCAAGUCUCUGCAACCUCUUCUUGCCCAUGCCUCGCUUUUCACAUUCACGAUUUUCCUCGUCCUUAAACUCCACCAUGCCGUGCGGUACCAUUGGUGGAUCAUAUUUUCCCCUCUGUGGCUUUUCCAUGCAGUUGUAUCACGAGGCAGAUUUUCGUUACCUGCUCCAAAGCUGCCUAAUGAUCGCAACUGGGCACCUUUUCAUGCUGUCAUGGCGACACCGUUGCUUGUCGCAUUUGAACUAAUGCUUUGUAUCUAUCUUGAGAGCAGAUAUGUUGUAAGCUUGAAGAUUGUCUUUGCACCUUUGGUGGCGUUGGAACUCGCAAUUCUAUUUGAUAAUAUCAGGAUGUGUAAGGCUCUAAUGCCUAGUGAUGAUGAGCACGUGAGUGAUGAUGUGAUAUGGGAAACGCUUCCUCACUUCUGGAUCUCUAUAUCCAUGGUCUUCCUUACUGCUGCCACAAUAUUUACUCUUCUAAAGAUAAAUGGUGAUAUUUCUGUUUUAGGCUGGUGGGACUUGUUUAUUAACUUUGGAAUUGCAGAGUGUUUUGCCUUUCUUGUUUGCACGAAGUGGUAUAAUCCAGCUAUUCACAGACAUGCUCACAUUCAAGAACCAUGUUCACCUUCAAUGACUAUAAGAUACCUUGACUGGAAUAGUGGCUUAGUAGUUUCUUCAGAUGAAGAUCAAGACGAGAGUGCAGUAUGCAGCCUGCAGGAUAUUGGUGGACAUAUUAUGAAAAUUCCUCUAAUCUGUUUCCAGAUCCUACUCUUUAUGCACUUAGAGGGAAGACCAUCUGUUGCUAGGCAUAUCUCAAUUCCAGUUCUUUUCACUCCUCUUCUUUUACUGCAAGGAGCCGGUGUUUUAUUUGCUGCAUAUAGAUUAACAGAGAAAAUUCUUCUUUUAGUACAUAAUGGAGUUUUUUCUGGAAGAUACUUGGACAUAACAUCAAAAGUUCGUGAGUAUUUUGGGUUCUUUCGCCAUGGUUCAAGGUUUUUGGGUUGGUGGUCGAUUGACGAAGGAAGUCGAGAGGAACAGGCUAGACUGUAUUGUGCAGGGGCUUCAGGGUAUGACACUUUUUCACCUGAUAUAGUGAAGAAGUUGCCUAGAUCGGACCUUGUUCAGGAGAUUUGGAAACUGCAAGCUGCACUCAGUGAGCAAACAGAAAUCACAAAAUUUAGCCAGCAGGAGUAUGAAAGACUUCAGAAUGAAAAGAUUUUAUGUCGAGUAUGCUUCGAGGAGCAGAUUAAUAUAGUCCUCCUUCCAUGCAGGCAUCAUGUUCUUUGCAGCACUUGCUGUGCGAAGUGUAAAAAGUGCCCCAUAUGCCGCGUCACCAUUGAACAUCGACUGCCCAUAUAUCAUGUGUAAAGCAAGAAGACCAGCAGUUCCAGAACUCUAAAGUUGCUUGUGAUUUUAGGUUGUGUAUCAAGCAGUUGGAAGCUGGAAAAAUUAGUUUUCUUUGUUCAUGUCAUUAUCUUGUAGCAUCAUGCCAAAGAAUUGUAUAUACACCCUCUUCGAGCACUUCCACCCAUGGCAAGGGCUGUUACUAUUCACAUGAAUAAUGUCAGCCCUUACAAAGGCUUCUUGUGUUU